AUGCUCUUCAGUGCUCGCUUGGCUCUCUUGUUCGAUAGAGUGUUAUCGGAAUCGUGUGAAUCGUGUUUUCGGGUAAAUAACAAAAGUGAAACAAAGGAGAACGAACAUUUCAUAACAAAAGCCAUGACGGAGACAGAGGCGUCGACGACCAUGACCUUCAAAGCAGCCGGAGACAGUGUUUGGUCUAAUUAUGACGUUGUUCGGCACAUCUACACAAUGCUGCCUUUUGUCGAUCAACUAAGGCUUUCGCGGGUUAAUUCAACAUUACGAUACGUAUUUCACCAUAGCAUAUGGACGGUAUGCUAUCAGCACUUGUAUAUCCACGCCAAUGCCGCUGAUUUUGUGGUCACCAAUGAGCGCGGCGAUAAUCGCAUAUGUCUGAACGCCGAGUGUCUGCAAGAAUUCCUAUUGGUGUAUGCUCAUCAAAUAUUGGAAUUAAGCGCAAAUCGUGUUUCUCCCCCCUUGGAUCUGAGGCAGUUUCCCAAGCUGCAAAGCCUUGCCUACAGCGAUAUGACCAUUACCCACCAGCAUUUAAGCUUAAUAGCAGAAUUGCAGCCAAAUUUGACAAGUCUCAACCUGUGCUGUUUCUCAGCCGAAGAUCAAGGGUUCUUGGUUAUAGGCCACAACUAUCCCAUUGAGGACCUGAAGAAAUUGAAGAAAUUACAAAACCUAACGCUAAAGAAUGAUGGUUUUAUUAAUAUGAAAUAUUCUCACUUUCAAGAAAUUUUAAAGAAUUUGCCCAUCAAAAAGUUGAACAUGAAGGUUGCCCUGCAACCGGCCGUUGAUAGUUGCAACACUCUCAGCAAGCAGGACGACAGCUCCGAUGUCAGUCGACUACAGGAUUUGGAGAUAGAAGCCUCAUUUGAUCCUCAUAACUGGCCUGCAGAUGGAUUUCAAGUGCACUUACAAAACUUAGCAAAUCUUCAAAGUUUGAAAAUAAAAUUUUCCGAUAUGGUAACUGAAGAAAUUUUAAAAGUUCUAAGCCAAAGCUGUCCACUUUUGGAAGUGCUGCAUAUAAGCUAUACAAAUUUCAGGGAUGUUGGUUUGUUUGCCAUCGGCCCCAAGGUGGUGGACAUGUCGCUUUUCUUCUGCCGAGGUCUGCACGCCGACAACAUUAGACAGCUCCUAUGUGAAACAAAACUCAGAAGAUUUUCUUGUCGCAAUACCGAUUACGAGGAGGAAGCUUUUGAGGGCUGUGGAGCCAUAACAGCCACACUAGAAGCUCUCGAUUUGGAUGGAUUCCCCACAAUGAAAUUCCCAUCGGCCUAUGAGAAUAAUUCCAAUUUAAAAGAACUGACCUGGUAUCACCCGUUGUACAAUGAUCACAGAGAAAUUGUCAAGGACGUCCCUUUGGCCAGCUGCAGCAAUUUGUCCAUUCUGAAUAUGAGAGAAGGCCUAAUGGAUUUGGAUAUUCUAUUGCAAAUGAAAUCCCUAAGGAAAUUGUGCAUGCCCCAUCCGACGCCUUUUCUUGGUUGGCCCUACAUUAUGGCCUUAUUGAAAUAUUCAUCGUUUAGUGAACUCUCCAUCUGCACACCAACAAUUGAGGAUUGCCCUGCACUUCCAGCCGACAUAUCAACAAAAGGAUUUGAAACCCAUAUUAGCUGUUUGAAAUUGCCUUGGGAUAUGCUGGAAGUAGCCAUGGACUUUUGGCUGGACUUGUUCAAAUGCAAUGCCAAUAUGCGACUGAUAUGCUCUCCGUUUCAACUAAACAAUGCUCAUUUGAAGAAAUUGAUAACAAAUUCAAAUUUUCCCAAAUCGUUAAAGCGCAUCGAUGUUUGCUGCAUUAAUGUGGCAUGCCAAAAACUUCGCAAUGAUUUUGAUGACACAGUUUCCAAGCUCAUAUAUGCCACCGAAAAUCAUCUUUACUAUGAAUACAAUGAUGAUCUCUUUCGCAUAAUUCUUGAUCGCCAGCUAUAAGUUUGAAUAAAAGAGGAAAUCGCUCCUAACAUACAUACAACAUACAA